AUGCCUCGACGGUCGUCUCGAUCUGAUCCUGCGUCGCCUGAAGCGCCUAUGGCGUCAAAGCGACGCGCUUCAGCCAGACUGUCCGCCGCCGAACCGGGGGUCAAGCGGGUCAAGUCAAACGCCGACCUGUCCCUCCGUCAGGCAAAGUCCACGACCAGCAAGAGCAAGUACUUCGAGCCGGAAGACUCCGAUGAGCCCGACUCUGAGUCCGACGCCUCUGCGGGGGGAUCUUCUGGCUCUUUGUACGAGGAAGCAAAGGAGGAAUCCCCCGCCGAGGAUGCGGAGCCGGAAGAACUUUCCGACACCGACAAGCAUGCGAAGAAAAACCCCAGCGCGAGGGGAAAGCAGCGACACAGCACCGGCAGCGGACACGACCUUAUGAAGGGCCAGGAGCUCUGGCGCGAGGGCGUUAGAGCGGGCCUAGAGCCAGGGCAAGAAGUUAUCAUCGCGAAGCCGAAGGCCCGGGACGCGGGAAAGACCCCGUACCGGGAUGAGACGCUGCAUCCCAAUACAAGGCUGUUUUUGAUCGAUCUAGCUACCAACAAUGACCGCCAAUGGCUAAAAGCGCAUGAUCCGGAUUACCGAGCGGCAAAGAAGGACUUCGAGACAUUCGUUGAUUCCCUCACGCCGAAGAUUGCGGAGGUGGACGCUACCAUUCCGGAACUUCCUGUGAAGGACCUGGUAUUCCGCGUCCACAGGGAUAUUCGCUUCAGCAAGAAUCCACUUCCAUACAAGACCCAUUUCUCUGCUGCCUGGUCUCGGACUGGUAAGAAGGGCCCGUACGCAGCAUACUAUGUCCACUUCCAGCCAGGUUCUUGUUUUGUUGGUAGGUUGUCCCCCGGCUGUUGCCAUCACUAUCCUGCCUUUCCUUUUGUGAUUUCAUCCAUUGCGGCUGAUACCAAGCUGUGUGUAGGCUGCGGGCUGUGGCAUCCCGAGCCAGAGCCACUUGCACUGCUGCGAGAGGACAUCGACGAGAACUCGGCUGGCUUGAAGGAGGUACUCCGGGCGCCGGAGAUGCGUCGUGAGUUUCUGAAGGGAGUGUCCGACGAUGCCGAUGCGGUUGUGGAUGCUUUUACGCAUCACAAUAAGGAGUCUGCUCUCAAGACGAAACCCAAGGGUUACGAGGCGGACAACAAGAACAUCAAAUUACUUCGACUACGCAGUUUCACCAUUGGAAAGCCCAUUGCGGAUGAUGAACUCACUAGAGACGAUGCACAAGAGAAGAUUGCUGCUUUGGUUAGGGUCAUGGAGCCUUUCGUGACGUAUCUCAACAGUGUAGUGAUGCCCGAUCAGUGA